CCAUCCCAAAAAAGCGCAGAUUCUCGCUUACAAUGACGUCAACAGUAUACAAAACUCUGAUUUGAAUAUAACAAAAACAACAGUGUUUCUAGUUCACGGCUGGCUGGGAAGUGGAAACAAUGAAAUGAAUAAAAAACUAACAGAAGCGUUUUUAGAAAAUGAAGAUGUCAAUGUAAUAGUUGUCGAUUGGAGCGAAUUGGCCGGUCACAAUUACGUAACAGCGAAGAAUGGCGUUGUCGCUAUCGGAGAAGGUCUUGGCAAGUUCAUUAAUUGGCUCGUAUCAUUAGGAGCUUCCUAUGAUAGGAUGCAUGUUGUCGGAUUUAGUCUGGGAGCACACAUUGUGGGUAACGCUGGACGUUAUACAGAAUCUCAAGUGAAAAGGAUAACUGCUUUAGACCCCGCCGGUCCACUCUGGAAGGGCGAUGCAAAUCGUCUGAAAAAAACCGACGCGCGAUAUGUCGAAGUCAUUCACACAAAUACCUUAAUGUUCGGAUAUAUGGACCCGUUGGGUGAUGCUGAUUUCUAUCCAAAUGGAGGUUCUUUUAUGCCAGGCUGCUUAAUCAGCGUUUGUUCCCAUAGCAAAGGAUACGAAUAUAUGGCAAUUUCAGUGAAACACAACAAUCUUAAUGCUAAUGAAUGCAAUAGUUUAAACGAUGUAAGAGGCAAUCGCUGCAACGGAGAUCCUUACCCCAUGGGCAAUAGCGAUUUAAAUAAGUCACGGUCUGGUAUUUUUCGCGUCAACACCAAAUAAGUAUAAGGUUAUUUGUAAAUUAUUGUUAAAAUAAUGGAAAUAUUUGCUACAUCUAAAAUAAAUAUCUUUAUAAUUAUU